UGGGUUAGUAACCGGCCUAUAACUACGUCUAUAGUUAUGGGAUGCUUCUUUUGGAGAUCGUCGGAGGACGGAGAAACCUGGACAUGUCUUUUGACGCUCAAGACUUCUUCUACCCUGGCUGGGCUUUUAAGGAAUUGGUGAAAGGAACACCAAUUAAAGUGGCGGAUAGACGACUAGAAGGGGCCGUGCAAGAGGAAGAGCUAAUAAGAGCAUUGAGAGUCGCAUUCUGGUGUAUUCAAGAUGAAGUGGUCGUGAAACCGACAAUGGGGGAAGUGGUACGGAUGCUAGAAGGCUCGGUGGAGAUCAACGCACCUCCAAUGCCGCAGACUGUUCUUGAAUUAGUUGAAGAAGGGCUAGAUCAAGUCUACAAGGCAAUGAAAAGAGAAUAUAAUCAGUCUAGCUCUUUUACUAUCACCAUCCAUCUGUCGUCUAAUGCAACUUGUCGUUACUCGACGAUGUCACUUAGAUAAUAUAGACAGGAUUAGAGGAAAGAACGACCGAUCAAAUGAAAUAGAUUCUUCGCACUUUUUUUGCAAGUA